AUGCCAGAAGCAUUUCAUGCGGCCGCUUUGGCCGACGCCCGGCUCGCUUCGCUCGUUUGGCGCGGUGCUGACAUGGAUGUGCUGCGGUUCCUUGCCAAAGGCGAGAAGGACGAUGUCAAGCAUCAAACACCCAUGCAUGCAGUUGCAUGCUGCAUCUGCCUCUACAUUGCCAUCUUGCUGACCGGCAUAUGCGCUGACCGCCUGGUGGCCAAUGAAAGCCGACUGGGCGAGGCGCAAUGGCCAGCUGCGGUACUGGUGGCGUACUGGUGCUGGAUGAUUUUCCUGCGGCUGCGCGGUGAGACAUCGAGCACCGCUAUGGAUGUGUAUCAGCUUAUGUGGUCCUGCAAUGUGGUCAUGCCCGUGACAGCGAUCGCAAUCCUCCUCCGGCGGCCGGCGCUACUUUGCGCACAGGGCAUCUUCGUGGCCAUCGACCAGGUGCUUUGGUACGUUGACUGGCUAGGCUACCUGCUCUUUGGAAAGUUCCCGGUGAAGGUGAUCGCCUACCUCUUUUGGCCCACCACACCGCCAUCUCGCCGCAUCUCCAGCCUGCACCAUGUGCUCUUUGGGCCUUUUGUGAUUUGGUUGGGCAGCCGGGAGUGUUGCUUGCCUCUGGGCCGUGGCUUCGUGGUGUCGCUGGCGCAGACCAUAGUUUGCGAGGUCAUUUGUCGCUACACAACGCCGCUGGAGGUGAUCGAUCGCAAUGGCGCGGUGUGCUACAUGAACCUGAAUCUCUGCUAUGAGGCCUUCCGCGACGUGAAGGUCUCCUGGAUCCGUGUCUUUGACCGCGACAUAGCCAUCCGUUACCUGCCCUGGAUGCUUUGGAUUUGGAACGCCGGCAACAUGGGCCUCUUCUCUAUGCUGGCAGUGAUCCUCGUCCCUUUCAUGCGGCUCUUCGGGGUGAGUGGCGGAAUCUGCUUCUGA